UUUGUCACAUCGUAUUACGUAUAUUAAUCGAUAUGGUUCACAUUCAUGUGCAGUGUGGUAAUCUAGCUCAUCAAUUUAUUCAUGUACAACGAAUUAAAUAAUCAGUUUGUUGAAAUAAAGUGAUUACUUUGAUUUAUAAUACACGUACAUAUUUACCUUGAUGAUUGUCGCAGUAUGAAGACGUUGUUGGGAAUAACGGUAAGCUUGCUGUGGGCGUUGGUCCUGCUGGAAGCGUCGCUACUGCAACAGGCACCACCAGAUUGCUCAACCAUAACCCCUGAGGAAUGUGAAGCUCAGGCCAAGGUGUUUGUAGAGGUGACGUACGAGGCUGAGAUUUCGCGAAUGUGUCAGCAAGCCGUUCUGGCAGAUUGGGAGUACAACACUGACCUCGGAGAUCCGGACAAGGAGCAGGCAGCGACGGAGGCCAAUAUUGCCUACUCCAAAUCAAUUUUUGACCAUUGGGACAACGUUCUUCGUCAUUACAAUUACACGGAUUUUAUCGAAGAGAGUCUCAAACGACAGCUCAAAUUCCUUAACAUUGUGGGGACAGCAGCGCUCAAUGAUGCGGACUUAACCCAGUACAACACCAUUCUUGCCACCAUGAGCAGGGUUUACGGAACAGGGAAGAUAUGUCCUUUCGCUAAGCAAGACUGUGACCUUGCAACGGAAGGCUUGAAUCUAGAACCAGAAAUUGAGGCAAUUUUGUCCACGUCCAGAGACCCUGCAGAGCUAGCGUACGUGUGGGAAGCCUGGCGCGACGUGUCGGGGAGACAGAUCCGAGAAACUUACAAGGACUACAUCGCACUCUCCAACAAAGCAGCGGAAGCCAAUGGGCUACCAAACAACGGUGACCUCUGGUUAGCGCGCUAUGAAAGCCCAGAUUUUAGGACUCAAGUCGCUGAGGUUUGGGACACCGUGAAAGGACUCUAUGCUGAACUCUACGGUUACGUUCGGUUCAAGUUGAGGGAGACAUACCCAGGCGAAUUUGCAGACUCCACGGAUCCCAUUCCAGCACACAUUUUGGGAAAUAUGUGGGCACAAAGUUGGGAGUCACUGUAUCCGCUGAUGAUCCCGCACCCAGACGAACCUGGCUUCGAUGUUACAGAGGCCCUCAAAAACAAAUUCAACAGCACGGAGGAAGGAGUUCGAGCCCUUUUCGAGGAGGCCAACUUCUUCUUUACUGACCUAGGUCUCGAGGAUAUGAGUAUGUCGUACGGAGAGGACGCUGUAAUUGUUCGUCCAGAAGAUCGGGACGUGGUAUGCCAUGCCUCAGCUUGGGACUUUUGUGAUCGUCAAGAUUUUAGGAUAAAAAUGUGCACGAACGUCAAUCAAGAAGAUUAUGCCACAGUUCAUCACGAAUUAGGUCACAUCCAAUAUUUUCUAAUGUACAAGGACAAACCAAUCACAUUUCGGGAUGGUUCGAACCCUGGAUUUCACGAAGCCAUUGGAGACGUCAUCGCCUUGUCCGUUGCGACACCAAAACACAUGGCCAAAUUGGGAUAUCUCGACUCUGGCGAACUCAAUGACACCGUCACAGAAAAUUUUCUCAUGCAAAAAGCCUUAGAAAAGAUUGCGUUCUUGCCGUUUGGAUACCUCAUUGACGCCUACAGAUGGAAACUCUUUGAUGGGUCUGCAUCUCUGGACCGAAUGGAGUACGAGUGGCUCAAAAUUCGAAAUGAAAUACAAGGCGUUCGUCCUCCAGUGAGACGGAGCGAAGGGGAUUUCGAUGCUGGUGCAAAAUAUCACGUGCCUGGAAAUACGCCGUACAUCCGCUACUUUGUCAGCUUUAUAAUUCAGUUUCAAAUUCAUAAAGCACUCUGCAUUGCUGCGAAUGAGUAUGACCCCGAAGAUCUCGAGAAACCUUUGUACAAUUGCGACAUUGGUGGAAAUCCAACUGCUGGCAAUAUUAUGAAGACGCUUUUGCAAAAGGGAUUCUCUGAGAAUUGGCAGGAUGUGCUCGAAGCUGCAAUUGGCACGAGAGAAAUGGAUGGUUCGGCCAUUGUGGAGUAUUUCUCCCCACUGACAAGUUAUCUGCAACGCCAACGAGCCCAACAUGGUUACGUUCUGGAGUGGAAGGUGGAUGCGUUUGAAGACUAUUACACAGCUCCAACCGAGGGGACGACUACCGGAAAUCCUAGCGACCCGACCACCACGACGGGAAAUCCUAGCGACCCGACCACCACAACGGGAAAUCCUAGCGACCCGACCACCACAACGGGAAAUCCUAGCGACCCGACCACCACAACGGGAAAUCCUAGCGACCCGACCACCACAACGGGAAAUCCUAGCGACCCGACCACCACGACUGGUUCAUCGACAACGUCAGGGGGACCAAGAGACAACAAAUUGUCCACGGGCCUGAUAAUUAUAGGGAUUAUUCAGGGUUGCACCAUCGUGCUGGUGCAUAUGUUGUGGAAACCUUCAUAUUAAAGCGAUCAACAUAAACGAUAAACGAGACAAUUGUUGCAAAUAUAUUUGAAAAAACGAUUUAGACAAAAUCAUAAAUUUUUAGAUAUGAUAAAAAAGAAAUGUUCUCCA